CGAAAUUGUCUCGCUCGCAAAAAGUUGAGCCGACGACUGGUCCACCCUGCCCUCUGUGGCCUGCCCGCUCGCGUGCCGCGUGGCCGCGCGAGGGAUGAAAUCGACGACGACAGACAACGAGCAACGGCGGCGAUGGCGAGGCGAGAAACAGAGAGAGCAAGAGGGCGGCUCAAGGACGACGACGAGAUCAACAGCUCGCAGUCCUUCCUUGUCCACCACCACCACAUCUCAACCAACUACACAGCACAUCAUGGCCACUGAGAUCCCUACUUUCAAGCUCGUCCUUGUCGGCGAUGGUGGUACCGGUAAGACGACCUUCGUCAAGCGUCACAUGACCGGCGAGUUCGAGAAGAAGUACAUCGCCACCCUCGGUGUCGAAGUCCACCCGCUCGAGUUCCACACCAACUUCGGCAAGAUCAUCUUCAGCGUCUGGGACACUGCCGGCCAAGAGAAGUUCGGUGGUCUUCGUGACGGCUACUACAUCGGCGGUCAAUGCGGUAUCAUCAUGUUCGACGUCACCUCGCGCAUCACCUAUAAGAACGUGCCCAACUGGCACCGCGACCUCGAGCGUGUCUGUGAGAACAUCCCUAUCGUCCUCUGCGGUAACAAGGUCGAUGUAAAGGAGCGCAAGGUCAAGACGGGAGCCGUCACUUUCCACAGGAAGAAGAACCUCCAGUACUUUGAGCUCAGCGCAAAGAGCAACUACAACUUCGAGAAGCCCUUCCUCUGGCUCGCACGCAAGCUCGUCGGUAACCCGUCCCUCGACUUUGUCGCUGCGCCUGCCCUUGCGCCGCCGGAGGUCCAGGUCGAUGCUCAGCUUAUGGAGCAGUACAACAAGGAGCUCGAGGCUGCCGCCGCUGCCCCCCUCCCGGACGAGGACGACGCCGACCUCUAAGCAGCAGCAGCAGCAGCAGCACCCGCAGCAGCGCAUGUUGCAAGUUCCUCGUAGUCUCCAUACCAACACCGCCAUUUCCAUCAUCAACUCAACCCUGUACCUCUCGCCUCGACACGCUUGUCUUUUUCCCCCACACCCACCCUUUCUCUGCUUGCAAUAAACGGUCCACCUUCAG